AUGGGUAAAGAAGAUCUAUGCGAGGAUGUACCUCAUAAGAAGAGAGGUCGACCAAAAGUACCGAAGCCUGCACUCGGGGAACCAUAUCAUCGUGCUCGGGGACCACCUGCAGAUACUGGCGGAGUGGGCAAGUGGAAAGGGAGUGUAUACGAUGCACCUUAUAUCACCGGUGUCGAUACCCCUCCGCCGCCACCAACGGGAGGGUUCGGUGGUCGCAAUUCACCUCCUAUACCUCGACCUUUGGGUAUUGAGAGUGAUCCCCCUUUUUCGACCUCAAAUCCUCCUAAUCAACCAUUCACGUUGUUCACGACCACAGAUUUCAAGAUCCUUCGGGCAAGUCCUGUAAGCUAUCACUUGAUCGGAUAUCACCCCAACGAGUUUGUUAACCUCAAUCUGCUGGAUUGGAUACAUCCUCAAGAUAGACAUAUGGUCGACAUUGAACGAACCCGCCUUCUUACUGUUCCUUAUGUAGAAUCUCCACUGAGAUCAGUAGAGGUAACACAAGCUGGAAUAACCCAACGUACCGAGUUAGAGCUCCUAUCACCUGCGGAAGGAAUGAGAGAACCAUAUCCGAACAAAAAUGUGCGAGUCCUUCAUUCAGAUAAUCGAUUCUCACCCUUCAACGUACGGCUCCAUCUGGGAGGUGGUUUAGGUGCAAGCUUAUGGCAGCCAAACACCUUAGGUCGGGUCUAUCUGGUAGUCUCUUUCCUUGCUAUUCCUCAACCUAGAGAUCUGCCUCGAGACGGAGCUGCUUCAACGCCGCCGAUCAGAAGACCCUCGCAAAUCGUACCGCCUACGCCUAUCACCCCGGUUCCAGCAAUGUCAGGUGGUCAAGGUUUACCUGGAUUUUCGGCUAUCGCUGCAGCUGCUGAUGCACCUCAACUGAGAUAUGAUCAACCGCCUCUUCCUCAAGCUUUUUAUCCUUCACAACCACCGCCUCAACAAAGCACAUCUCGACCAUCGACAUCUUCCACACCCACUUACCCGUUUCCACGUGUAGGUCCUAACGCUAUACCUCCUGCUGGCAUCAAUGCUGUACCUGCCCAUUAUGGCCGAAAAUCCUCAUCUCCCAAUACCACCUACCGAACACCUCAAACAUCAAUUUAUCCAAUGCCUGAAUAUCCUCCGCUACCACCACCUCAGAGCGGGUACUACCCUCCUCAGGAUCAAGGAUUUCGGCGUCCAAGCGAUGAAGAACAGUGGAGGAAUGUGAAUCUGAAUGGAAACGGUUCUGGAAACGCAAUGGGCGGAAGAGGUCCGGCUGUUCCUCCUUUGCAAGGCCAACAAAUACAGCCUGGAGCCAUGACUAGUGAUGGAAGUCGAAGAGCAUGGGAAUUAUGA